AUGGGAAAUCCACUUCUUAGUAAUUUGUUGGAAGAACUAUUGGGGAAAUGGAAAGAAAACAAAAUAAAUUUAUAUAAUGUAUGCUAUUGUUUUAACCAUAUAAAAAAUGAGCUAUUGAAAAAUCAGAAGAAUAGGAAGGAAUUAUUUUUAAAUGAUAUUAAUAAUGAAAUACUAACUUUUUUUUUUAAUCUCCUCGAAUAUAGUGAUAACACCAUUGAAACUACUACUACUACUACUAAUUGUAAUUAUGACCAAACUAGGAACAUUUGCUUUUACUUUUCUUUUGUAACUUUUAUUUUUAAUGUAGAAAAUGAGCUUAUUAAAAAAAAUAACAAAGUAGUAGUAAAACAUAUCGAAGAAGAAUAUUUAAAGGAGUAUCAUGAAAAAGAUAAAAUAAAAAAAUCACUUACAAAAAAUAAAAACAAUUCCACUAUUGAAUUGGAAACACAAAAUGAACAAAAAUCCUCUAUAGAAAAAUAUGACAACACUUUUAUAUCGGAAAAUGGAUUAAAUUCGAAAGUACAUGAUGCAUCUAUUUUUGAAAAAAUAGAUAUGAUCAUCAAAACAAUCACAGAUUUUAAUAUUUCUAAUACGUUACUCGAAAGAAAUAAUGAUAAAGAUGAUAAUACAAAUUCAAUUUUUUUGUCUUUGCGAUUAUUCGCUUUAUAUGGGAUUACAGAAUUUGUGUUCCUUAUUUAUAAAUACUCUGAAAAUAUGUCUAAACAUUAUCUUAAGCACAUAAAAAAUAUACUAAUUUAUAUCAUUAAUAUGAAAGUAAAUAAAUAUAACGAUUAUUUAAUAAAUAUGGCGAAUACUAUUUUAUUAUAUAUUGUUAAUAUAAAUUAUAACAUAAUUAAAGAUUUUGAAAAAGUUUUUUUUAAUUUUUUAUUUAUACAAUUAAAGAGAAAAGGGACACUCAAUACUAUUGUAGAACAAAAUGUGAUUACUUAUUUACAAAAAAAAGACAAAUCAGAUUUAAAUGAUGAAAUAUAUAAAAAUAUAAAUGAUUAUGCUAAUGAUAAUAUUAAUUUAUUUUUAAAGUAUAAAAAAAAUGAACAUUUAUAUGCCUUUUUAAACAGUUUACAUUUAUUUAAAAAUAUAAUACAUGCAAAAAUUAGUAAUAAUGAAGAAAAUAUAUUUACUACCGCCAAUUCAAAUUUUAUAAAUAUCAAUCUAAGUAUUAAAGACAUCAUAAAUAAUAUACAUAUAUUAUUAGAAUAUUUAUCGAAUCUUGCAAAAAAAUGGAUUUCAAAUAAAGAAUUUGAUCUUAACACUUUUUGUAAUCAAGAUGAAAACAUUUGUUUUUCUAUGGAAAAUAAAAAUAAAAAUUCUAACCCUUUGACUAUUCAAAAUUGUUUGAAUGCCAUUAAAGAUAAUGAAAAAAUGAAUCACAUGCUUGGAAAUUUUUCACACCAUUUGAAAUCUAUAAACAGUGAUAAUUUUGCGAAUGGCAAUAUAUUUAAAUAUGUAACGGACAAUAUUUUUUCUUUUUUCCGAGGAUUGAUAAAAGAAAUGGAUACUGAAUCAAUAAGUUUAAAUGCCCAUAUAUUUGUAAAUUUUAUGAAACAUUUCUUUAUAUAUAAUAAUGAAUGUGAUUUGUUUUUAGUUUAUUUUUUGGACUCAGAAUUUAUUUUGUAUUGCUCUGAUUUAUUAACCAAAUGCCCAAGUAUAUUUGAAGAAUGGGUAAUAUAUAUAAUGUAUAUUUUUCGAUCAUCAAAUUUGUUAAUUCAAAAUAAAGUAUCUUUUGAUAGUACCAACAAUGAUACUUCAGAAAAGAAAAAGGGACAAAAUAAUAUCAUAAACAUAUUGAAUAAAAUAAAAAAUAUAAAUCUUGAUCAAACGGAUUUUAGUUAUAAUCUAACAAAUAUAUAUUCCAAACUAUACAACAAUUAUACAAGCAUACUUUUAAUUUUUUUAAAACAUAUUAAGACUUAUAUAAAUGAAGAAAUAAAAAAUAAUAUUCUAAUACAUUAUGAACAUUUCUUAUUUAACAUAUUUGAUAAAAAAAAUAAUUUCAAUUUUAAUUUAAUUUUUAAUAACACAAUUUCUACAUAUUUAACAUUAAAAAUGUUCUUCUCCUUUUUUAAAGCUAAAAUAUUACCCUUUCAAAAUAUACACAAUUUUUAUUUUAAAUUAUCAAACAUCAAAAAUUAUAUAAAUCAAAUAAAUCAAUCAAACUCAUUUUUAUAUAAAAAUAAAACAAUUAACAAUGAUUUAUAUAUUGAAAAAAUUAAAAUGUUUCUUUUAAAUAAUUUAGACACAAUCACAAUUAACCAUCAUUAUUCAGUCUAUAAUAAAAAACGAAAAAAUGAAAUUCUUAAUCGAAUUACAACGACAUCAGACCAAACUGAUAAUGAACAAGAACACAAUCCUUUUAAUAAAACACAAAAAAAAAAUAAAAAAAAAGAACUAAACACACAAUAUGAUGAGUUUACUAAUUAUCCUACUUUUAAAAAAAUUAAAAAUAUAUCAAAACAAAAUCAAGAAUUUACUACUUCAAAUGACAAUCAAAAUUAUUUACAAAAUUUUGGCAAUAAUCAUAACAUUAAAAAAAAACAAUCAAUAGAUAGCCAAGCAGAUAAUUUUAAACAAGCAAAUACCCCCCACGAUGAGCAAAUGGUAAAUUCGCAGAAACACGUUGGUAGUAGUAGCGAUCAUAAUGAGGAAAAUAAUUAUGAGCCCGAUGACAACAUAAACGAAAAACCCUCAGAACAUAAUAAAGAAACAACUGAAAAAAUAAAUAAAUCUCAAAAAAAAAAAAAUAAAAUAAAAAAUAUUGAUAAAUAUAAUAACUUGGAUAAAAACUCCCAAGAUUUAAAAGAGUUAGCAGAUAAUAUAAAAAUAGUAUCGUCGUCCGAUGCUAUGAAAUCGUUGAAAUAUAUGAAGCAGUCCAUAUUAAAUGAUUUAUAA